CAUCGCUAAAAUUUACAGCAAUGGCGGACGCAGCACCAGCCGGUGGUAGAGGAGGUUUCCGGGGUGGAUUCGGCUCUGGUGGUAGAGGCCGAGGCAGGGGACGCGGUCGUGGACGAGGCCGUGGAAGGGGGCGUGGUGCCAAGGAGGGAGAGAAGGAGUGGAUGCCAGUGACUAAACUUGGCAGGCUUGUGAAAGACCAGAAAAUCAAAUCAUUACAAGAAAUCUACCUUUUCUCCUUGCCAAUUAAGGAGUUUGAGAUCAUUGAUUAUUUCCUUGGACCAUCUCUGAAGGAUGAAGUUUUGAAAAUCAUGCCUGUGCAGAAACAGACACGGGCUGGUCAAAGAACCAGAUUCAAGGCUUUUGUCGCCAUCGGAGACCACGAUGGACACGUAGGUUUGGGAGUUAAAUGUUCCAAGGAAGUAGCCACAGCUAUCCGAGGCGCCAUCAUUCUGGCUAAGCUAACAGUCAUCCCUGUACGCAGAGGGUAUUGGGGUAACAAGAUCGGAAAACCCCACACUGUACCUUGCAAGGUGACAGGAAAAUGUGGCAGUGUUGUGGUGAGGUUGAUCCCUGCACCCAGAGGUACUGGUAUUGUCAGUGCUCCUGUACCCAAGAAACUGCUACAGAUGGCUGGAAUUGAUGAUUGCUACACCUGUGCCAGGGGAUGUACUGCUACGCUUGGCAACUUUGCAAAAGCAACAUACGCUGCCAUUGCCAACACUUAUUCUUACUUGACCCCUGACCUGUGGAAGGAGACCGCCUUCACCAAGUCUCCAUACCAGGAGUUCACUGAUUACCUGGCCAAGAACCACACCCGCCAGCCCGGACAGAGACAGGAGCAGAAGGUGUACUAAGCAUUGAAAUAAAGGCUUAUAAACACUGUUA